AUGGAUCCCUUGCCAUCGGUUAGUCGUGUGUUCUCAUUGGUAAUUCAAAAAGAAAAGCAAAGUGUUGUUAAAGUUAUUAACAUUGAAAACAAUGCCAAUCUUGCUUAUCCUGUCAAUGAUUCCCAUGGUUCAAAGACUCGAAAUGGGAGGAAGGAUAAACCCAUGUGUUCAUAUUGUGGUGUUCUUGGCAACUUUAAAGACAAGUGCUUCAAGCUUCAUGGCUAUCCUCACGGAUUAAAAAAGGGUAAAGCAUUCAACUCUUCUCAACUUAAUGCUAAUGUAAUCAACACAGAAAUCAUGGAGGAAGACACUCCUUUGAACACAAAAUAG